GUGUCCAGCAAAACUAGCUACCCGGGGAGCGUUGGCCUGAACUCCCGCUGAGGACCACAGCGCCCGAACUUCCGGAAGUUAACUCCAGCGCCGGCUCACGCGCAGGGCGCUCAGCAUCCGGGAAGCCCGGGGCGAGGCGGCCGGAGGACAAACCCAGGGAGAGCCCUGAAGACAACUCCGAAGACCAGCGGGGGCACAGGCACUGGAGGCUGCCCUCGGGGGAUGGGAGGGAACCGCGGCCCGCCCCCAAGGGCGGGGCCUCAACCGAGGCGCGCGAAACAGCUGGCGCCUGGAGCCGCAGGUGGAGAUAAUUCAAACACCCCGCCGUGCGCACGCGCGAUGUGCAACAGACUCCGGAAUCUCGCGGGAUCUUGCAGAGGCGCUCAGGUAAUAAAGCUAUUACAAUCAAAAUACCAUUAUAAAGAAGAAGCUGAAAUCAUCUGUGAAAAAGUUCAAGUUAAACUCAGCAAAGAAUGCUUUCAUCCUUACAAUAUGUGCAUUACAGACCUAAGGACUUCCCACUGGGAAGAAGCAAUCCAGGAAACAAAAGGUGGUAAGAACAACAGGAGAUUGGCUGAGGAAUGUUAUUUCUUGUGGAAAUCAACACGUCUACAGCAUAUGACCCUAGCAGAAGAUGUUAAAGCCAUGCUCACAGAACUUCGCAAAGAGGUCCGCCUACUCUUGUUAACAAAUGGUGACAGACAGACACAGCGGGAAAAGAUCGAGGCUUGUGCCUGUCAGUCCUACUUUGAUGCCAUUGUUGUAGGCGGAGAGCAGAAAGAGGAGAAACCGGCACCUUCCAUAUUUUAUCACUGUUGUGAUCUCCUUGGAGUACAGCCUGGGGACUGCGUGAUGGUCGGUGACACGUUAGAAACUGAUAUACAAGGAGGCCUCAAUGCAGGACUGAAAGCUACAGUCUGGAUAAACAAGAGUGGAAUCAUGCCGCUGACAUCCCCCAUUCCACAUUAUAUAGUUUCUUCUGUGCUAGAAUUACCUGCUCUCUUACAGAGUAUCGAUUGUAAAGUCAGUUUGUCUGUUUAAAGCACAUGAAAACGCACAAUUUCAAAUUUUAGAGUCCAUUUUCAGGGUUGAAACUAAGAAGACUUAAGCCAUUUCAUAUAUUAUGGUCCAGGUUCUAGAAAUAAUUUGACUUAGGAUUUUAUAGCCAAUUUGUGAGGGUCUUCACCACCCUAUUGGUCUUUACAACCAGCCAAGGACUUUUGUACUUACAUCUGAAAAUCCAGAUUAUGUUAGUACAGGUUAAUUUUAGUGCUGUAGUUCAUAAAACUUGAGGAAAUAUAUCAUUUUUUAGUCUGUAACUUAAA